AUGCCAGAUAUCUCUCAUAGCCGAUUCUCCUCAUCCGAGAGGGAUCACACAGACAAAAAUCAAACCAGGAUUACGCCCCAGAUGGAAGACUCGCCACAGGAUCAAGAGGAUAUGAGGCGGAUGGGCAGGCUACAGGAGCUGAGGCGCAAUUUUCGACCACUUGCUGCGUUGAGUUUCUCAGCAGUUCUGCAGGCUACUUGGGAGUUUAUCCUCAUCUCCAACUCCCAGGGUCUGGAAAAUGGUGGACUCGCGGGUAUCUUCUGGUCCUACGUGUGGACGUUUGUUGGAUUUGGUUUCAUCAUUGUCUCUCUAGCCGAGAUGGCUUCGAUGGCCCCGACUUCAGGAGGCCAAUAUCACUGGGUGUCCGAGUUCUCUUCGCCUCGCUACCAGAAGUUUCUAAGCUACACAACUGGAACAAUCGUCCAGGGCUUGAUCACCCUUCGGGAUCCCAGUUACGAGCCGCAAAAUUGGCAGGGAACCCUCUUCGUGUUUGCCAUGGUGGCACUCAUCUAUUUCUUCAACGUUUAUGCGGCAAACUGGAUGCCUCGGAUGCAAAACUUACUACUAGCGUUGCAUCUCCUCUGUUGGGUCAUCGUCGUUGUUGUGUUGUUUGCAAUGGCGCCCCAUAACCCAGCGAAGAGGUUGUUCACAGAGUUGCAUAAUGGUGGAAAUUGGUCUUCGAUGGGAAUCAGCUUGAUGAUUGGUCAAAUCAGUGCCAUCUACGGAUCUCUGAACGCCACCGCACAUAUGUCAGAAGAGGUCAAAGAUGCCAGUCGAUAUGUACCGAUUGCAAUUGCAUGGGGCUAUUUUGGAAAUGGAAUACUAGGCUUGGUCAUUCUCAUCGGCUUCCUUCUGGCUCUUCCAUCAGUUCCAGAUGCCCUGGACGAUAGCACAGGGUUCCCUUUUCUCUACGUCUUCCGACAAAUACUUUCCACCUCCGGCGUCAAUGGCCUCACAGCAAUCAUCCUGAUACCAGUGAUCUUCAGCAACAUUCUAUUCAAUGCAUCGACAGCCCGUCAAACCUACGCCUUUGCCCGCGAUCGCGGUCUUCCAUUCACCGACCGGAUCGCGGGGGUCGACCCACGCCGCCGAAUCCCCGUCCAUGCAAUCGCUCUAUCAUGCUUGAUCAGCGGACUAUUGUCGCUCAUCAACAUCGGCUCCCAAGUGGCAUUCAAUGCCAUCAUCUCGCUGAACGUCGCGGCUUUGAUGUACACAUACGCAGUCUCGAUCAGUUGCGUGAUAUACCGAAAGAUCACCUGUCCCGAGACCUUACCCCCUCGGCGUUGGAGUCUUGGCCGGUUUGGCCUUGCUAUCAACAUACUCGGCUUGCUUUAUGUGUUCUUCGCCUUAUUUUGGUCUUUCUGGCCGCCAAGGCCCUCCCCUAAGGCAAAAGAGUUCAAUUGGAGCGUGGUGAUCUUUGUCGGGGUGUUCAUCAUGAGUCUCUUGAUGUACAUGUUUCAGGGUAGGAAGUCCUAUGUUGGACCUGUUGUGGCGAUCCCGCGAAGAGUAUGA